CAGCCAAGAAACGUUCACGGCAUCAGUUCAAGAAGCUACCACUUGCGCUGCCUGCGAUCGAUCUUGAUGGUGUAUAUGGGAACGGGGAGAACCUAUUUUUGGACGAAGAUGAUAUCGAAAACACAAAGGUAAAUGGGAAUAUAUGUGAAAACACCACGGCGUAUGCGAAUACGAAGGGUACUACCAGGCAUCAAAGUUCAGCCUGUGGGAUCCGCCCUCAGAAACCAGACUCGAAGAUCGGACUUGAAGGACCGAGUACGGAUUCAACUACCAACCGCUACUAUGACAGAAGCCUCCCAUCAAAGGUGUACCAAACGGAAAAGUCUAGAUGGAAUGAGGAAAACGACUGCGGUCGACAGAUGCGUACGCCACUGUCUCAUAUAUCAGGGCGCCGAAAACCGCGCGGCGCCGAGUCACACGCGUAUUCCAGCGUGGUGAAGCGAUACGCAAAAAUACCACUCCCGCACACACAGUUGCCGCAGAGGCCUCUUUCUCUGUCUCAAACCAGCGUUGCCAGCAGUCACGUCAGCCAGGGCAGUGCAGCAUCCACAUGUCAACACAGCCUACACACCCAGGAGCACCCCUCCACCCACACCCACCCACACAUCCACGCACAUACGUGCUCACACUCUCCCACAAACCACGUGUCUCGAUGGAGCAAAUAUCUCCCGGAUAACGAGCGUGUACUUGUCUCUCCAGAGUCUUCGCCGGAUAUGGGCUUCUCAUCGCAGCGUAUGCGGUUCUCACAGUUGCAGUCGCAGGCACAAUCACAGUCACGGCCAGAGCCGCCGGCAAGCACGCAGAGUUUAUGCCAGGCCGAUGUGCAGUGCUGUGUCAAAGGAUCAACACAACACCAGCCACUCUCUCCCGCAGUCGACGACAGAGCUGAGCGGCAGAGUGCUGGCGACAACCAAGGAUACCCAGAGACUCACACUGUAUUUGAGGCACCGAAUCCUGCUACUUCUAAUAAGCACGAUCUAACAUCGUCGACUUUCUGGUCCGAUAGCGACAGUGAUGAUGAAGUAGAUACUAACGGGGAUCAGGUGCAUACAAAAGUCGGGAAUAUGGCACUGGGAACGAAAGUCCGUGCAGAGUUCGAUACUGGUGCGGGUACGGGUGCAAAACGGCCUUCAUAUAUGAAGGCCACGGGUGCAAAUAGACAAAUUUUGACAAGUGUGGGGGUCAGUAUGUUUGAUAGCAUUGAAUCAGACUCGCCGGAGCCGGAAUGUUCAAAAAAUCCUGCAUACGCACACAUAACGAGAGUGCCUAAGGGUAGCAAACCAAGCCCCUCUCCAGUCUGCAAUGAACGAUAUACACACCAACUGGAGCUGACAGAGGAACAGAACGGACAAGUCAGUGAUAGCGGUAAGCCUAACGAUUUCUUGCACGAUGGCGCGUGCGAGUAA